UCUGCCCAUAACAAAAUUGCACAAAAUUGUUUUUGUUCGUACAUGCUUUUUGUAGGAAAAUCAUCUGCAAAAUUAAUUGUUUUAAAUAAAUAUGUCACGCAAAGAAGCACUCUCACAAUUCAUUAAUCAGAUACAUGGGCGACCUGUGGUGGUUAAGUUAAAUAGCGGCGUUGAUUACCGUGGUGUUCUGGCUUGCCUGGAUGGCUACAUGAAUAUUGCGCUCGAUCAAACGGAGGAAUAUGUAAAUGGGCAGCUCAAAAAUAAGUAUGGCGAUGCAUUUAUACGUGGUAACAAUGUGCUAUAUAUUUCUACGCAAAAACGGCGCGUAUGAGAGACUUAAAUGAAACUUAACAUCAUUUCGCAAUUUCGUAAUAAAAAAGUUUUGUACUUCAAUAA